UUCCUCUUCCUCCUCACCAUGCCGGGUUGGCGGCGAAACCUUACUUUCUGUCUGCAGCGGAUGCACGAGGAAGAUGAUGGACCAUAUGGAAAAACUAAGGAUAUCUCUGGACCAGAACACACCAUGGCCUCAAGACGACACAGUAUACCUGAAGCUCUGCGGGGGGUGACUUUGGUGGAGCUGGUGAAGAAAGAAGGUAGCACACUCGGCCUCACCAUCUCGGGAGGAACUGACAAGGAUGGAAAACCGCGAGUAUCAAACUUACGGCCUGGAGGACUGGCAGCCAGGAGUGACCAGUUAAAUGUUGGGGACUACAUCAAAUCCGUGAACGGGAUAAAUCUGACCAAACUGCGGCACGAAGAGAUCAUCAGCUUAUUGAAAAACGUGGGAGAGAGAGUUCUGCUGGAGGUGGAGUAUGAACUGCCCCCUACAGCACCAGACAGCACCUCAGGAGUUAUAUCAAAGACACUUGACAUCUGUUUGCACAAAGAGGGGAACAGCUUUGGUUUCGUCAUGAGAGGUGGUACCCAUGAGGACUGGCACAAGUCACGCCCCUUAGUGGUCACCUAUGUCAGGCCAGGAGGCCCUGCAGACAGAGAAGGCACCUUACGUCCAGGUGAUCGUCUUCUGAGUGUGGAUGGUGUGCCGCUGCAUAAUGCAAACCACAGUGAUGCCCUCAGCGUGUUGGCCCAGUGCGGCCAGGAAGCCCUGUUCCAAAUAGAGUACGAUGUCACCAUCAUGGACACACUGGCAAAUGCAUCUGGUCCGCUGUUAGUGGAAAUAGCCAAGUCUCCAGGAGCAACACUAGGCAUCACGCUGACGUCAGCCAAUCAUCAAAACAAACAGGUCAUUGUCAUUGACCGGGUUAAGCCUGGCAGCGUGGUGGACAGAUGUGGAGCUCUGCAUGCUGGGGAUCACCUGCUGUCCAUAGAUGGGACAUCAACAGAGCACUGCACAGUUUUAGAGGCAACACAAUUAUUAGCAAGCACAACAGAACUGGUUAAAUUAGAAAUUCUUCCCUCACACCAAACGAGGCUAACUGGAAAGCAGCACGACACAGUCAAGGUUCAGAAGUCAGACCAUCCCCACUCCUGGGACCCCUGUGUUAACUACUGUCACCCUCCAAACUCCACCCUCUGCAACACAAGUUCCACCCUCAAUAAAUCGUGGACCGCCUCCAACAACAACACAAUCAACAGCCUUGACUACUGCAAGUCUCUUGUAUCAGCCAGUUUCUCUCCUGCCUCCACAACCACUUCUGGCCCCAGCAGCCAGAGCUCGAGCACGUUACCCAGACCCACUGUUCCCAUGAGUCCUCGUAACUCGCUGCUCAAACGACGGCAGAGGAAGAAAGAGCACAAGAGCUCCUUGUCCCUGGCCUCUAGUUCGGUGGGUCCGGGUGGUCAGGUGGUUCACGUAGAGACCAGUGAGGUUGUGUUAACGGGUGACCCACUGAAUGGUUUUGGUGUACAGCUGCAGGGAGGAAUAUUUGCCACCGAAACACUGUCAGCACCACCACUUAUCCGAUUCAUAGAGCCUGACAGCUCUGCAGAAAGGUGUGGCCUGCUGCAGGUAGGAGACCGUCUCCUGUCAAUCAAUGGAAUCCCCACAGAAGACGGAACUCUUGAGGAAGCCAAUCAGCUUCUCCGAGAUGCUGCACUGACCAAUAAGGUCACACUGGAAAUAGAAUUUGAUGUAGCAGAAUCAGUGGUGCCUAGCAGUGGGACUUUCCACGUCAAACUGCCGAAGAAAAGAGGAGUGGAGCUGGGGCUCACCAUCAGUGCCAGUAAGAAGUCAGGAGAGCCCCUUAUCAUUUCUGACAUCAAGAAGGGGAGCAUGGCUCACAGAACAGGAACCCUGGAGCCUGGAGAUAAGCUAUUGGCUAUUGACAAUAUCCGACUGGAAAACUGUUCCAAAGAUGAUGCGGAGCAGAUCCUCCAGCAGUGUGAGGAACUCGUCAAAUUAAAAAUACGUAAAGAUGAAGACAACUCAGAUGAGCAGGAGACAUCAGGCAGCAUCAUAUACACAGUGGAACUGAAGCGCUACGGAGGCCCUCUGGGUAUCACCAUCUCUGGCACAGAGGAGCCUUUUGACCCCAUCACUAUUUCAGGCCUAACCAAGAGAGGCCUUGCAGAAAGGACAGGGGCUAUACAUGUAGGUGAUCGAAUCUUGGCCAUCAACAGCGUCAGUCUGAAAGGCAAGCCGCUGAGUGAAGCCAUCCACCUGCUGCAGAUGGCCGGAGAGACGGUCACCCUGAAGAUAAAAAAACAGCUUGACAAUAUAGAAGACCGGAAGGCAGCAGAGGUAGAGGACACAACAGAAAACGAGAUCAGUGAUACAGAGGAGGACGAUUUGACGGACAGCCAACAAACCAAUAAGCUGUCAGAGCUCUACUCCACAACCAUCCCCAGUGUGGACUCUGCCAUGGAGUCAUGGGAUGGCUCAGGGCUGGAUGCAGGAUAUGGCAGCCAGGGUACUUACACCCAUCAAGCAGCUGGUAUGGCUCUACACCCACAUGAGUGGCGUAGCGCCAAGCAGCAGCGAAGCACCACGCCUCCUCCUGGACGCCGGAAGAACUACCCGUUUAGUGAUGGAGGCUUCAGUGAGGAUGACUGGGACAAACCACCAGGAUUUAUUGGCCAGCAACCAGAUGGCAUUCUGUUGGAUCCAGAAGACAGUUUCUGGUGUCAGGCUCUGGAGGACCUGGAGACCUGUGGCCAGUCAGAGCUGCUGAGAGAGAUAGAGGCGUCCAUCAUGACAGGCACAGCCAUCAGUCUGGGUGUAGAUGGCAUCAACAAGGCUCCACCUGAGCCCAUACUGAGCCACAGCAGGAUGAGCCCAUUGCGGCGAAAUUCUUUCCUGCACCAGGCCAAUCUGCACCACCAGGGAGCACACCUCCAUCAGGGCGCCCACCUGCACGAGGAAGCCCACCUGCACGAAGAGGCCCAACUCCACCAAGACUCACACCUGCACGAGGAGGCCCAUUUCAACCAGGAGCUGCACCUACACCAGGGGGCUCACAUGCACCAAGAUAACCAAUCUCCUCUCCUGCACCACGAGCCCAAGCCGAAGGCCUCACUGAGAGUAUCGGAGAGAACGUGGGAGUCCCGUCGGAUCAAAGAGGAGAUGCAGGGAAUUCUCUCCCCCACGCCCCUCGAGCUGCACAAAGUAACAGUGAUAAAGGACCCAGAGAGCGACGACUUUGGCUUCAGUGUGUCAGAUGGCUUCUUGGAAAAAGGUGUUUAUGUCAACAUGAUCAGACCCGAUGGCCCUGCUGACAGAGCUGGACUCAGACCCUAUGACAGGAUCCUGCAGGUGAACCACGUCAGGACGAGAGACUUCGACUGUUGCCUGGCUGUGCCUCUCAUCACAGAGGCAGGAGACAGACUGGAGUUGGUGAUCAGCCGCAACCCACUUGCAAAUGAUGAUCCAGAGGACAAUAACAACACUUUGGACCACCCACUAGACCUGUAACACACACACACACACACACACACACAAACAAAAGGACAGUUUCAUUUCUUGACAUAUGGAAGACAUACUGUAAGUGGUGAUGAAGCAUAAACUUGUAUCUAGUGAAACUGGCCCAAAUACUCACACACUCCACCAGCUUGCAAUAAUUCUAUUUAAAUACAGAGACUCCGACUGGAAGACACAUCCAGACACAUGCAUGCUCACACAGACGCCCCAUCUCAUUUAUACUGGGUUGAACUGCUUUUAUACAGUACACUCUGUAUGAAAGCACCACCACAGUACAGAAAAACACACCAACCGCUCUCCUGACAACUGGCUGGACUCAGAGUGUUGUUCCAACUUCAACAAGCACUUUAAAGAGCCGUUUUUACUCAUUUUGACCUGAAAUACGGGUAAGAUUAUUUCAGUGUUCAUUGCAAGGCCAUAAGCUCCCAUGAAUCUACAGUACUCACACGUGAGGGAUCUGCCUUAUAUAAUAUUGUGAUUUUAUCAGAGAAAAAUGGGCUUUCUCAGUUUGGAGUU